AUUUUAAUUCAAUCGAAAAAUACAAUCUAACAUUGAAUUCUUUUUCAACUUGCAAUUUGAUAUCAAGAAUAUUUGAUAAUCUUGUAGCUCAAUCAAAACCAGUUUCGAAAUCUCUGUUCUUCAAAACCCCAUAACCAGAAGAACAACAAAACUACCAUCUCAAUCUCAGUCUUUGAGGUGGUGGUAGCUACAAUGAUUGGGCGCAGAGAAAGAGAAGGACCCUUAAUGCGAAACAACCCUCAUUCUCUACGCAAAUCAAGGAUCGUUACUGCUGUAGUAAUUGGUGUUCUUAUUGGAUGCAUCUUAGCUUUCUUUUUUCCUAAUGGCUUCUUUGUUUCUCAAUCUAUUACAUCAAAUCGUCGCAUCGCUGUUGUUGGAUCCAAAACCCAGGAAAACUCAGCUGAAUGUGAAUCAUCAGAUAGAGUCAACAUGUUGAAAUCAGAGUUUGUGGCAGUAUCAGACAAAAACGCUGAGCUGAAAAAACAGGUGAGGGAGUUGACAGAAAGGCUUCGGCUUGCAGAGCAAGGGAAAGACCAGGCUCAAAAACAAUUUCUUGCAUUAGGUAAACAAGAAAAAGCUGGACCUUUUGGUACUGUCAAGGGAUUAAGAACCAAUCCUACUGUUGUUCCUGAUGAAUCCGUGAAUCCAAGAUUGGCAAAGAUAUUGGAGAAAAUCUCAGUUAAACGAGAGAUCAUAGUAGCACUUGCAAAUUCCAAUGUGAAGGAGAUGUUAGAGGUCUGGUUCUCAAAUAUCAAGAGAGUUGGUAUAUCUAAUUAUCUAGUUGUUGCUUUAGACGAUGAGAUUUCAAAAUUUUGUGAAACAAAUCAAGUCCCAUUUUACAAAAGAGACCCAGAUGAUGGUAUUGACACCAUUGGAAAACAAGGAGGGAACCAUGCUGUCUCCGGGCUUAAAUUUCGUAUUCUAAGAGAAUUUUUGCAGUUGGGAUAUGGUGUUCUCUUAUCAGACGUUGACAUUGUAUAUUUACAGAAUCCUUUUGAUCAUCUAUACCGUGAUUCAGAUGUCGAGUCCAUGAGUGAUGGCCAUAAUAACAUGACAGCUUACGGCUAUAACGAUGUCUUCGACGAACCUGCGAUGGGUUGGGCUCGAUACGCUCAUACCAUGAGGAUAUGGGUUUACAAUUCCGGUUUCUUCUAUAUCAGACCAACCAUUCCUUCAAUUGAGCUUUUGGACCGUGUCGCGACACGGCUUUCCAAGGAGGUUGCAUGGGACCAAGCCGUUUUCAACGAGGAACUAUUUUAUCCGUCACACCCUGGUUAUGAAGGGCUUCAUGCUGCUAGAAGAACUAUGGAUAUGUAUCUCUUUAUGAACAGCAAAGUUCUUUUCAAGACAGUGAGGAACGAUGCUAACCUCAGUAAAUUGAAACCAGUAAUUGUUCACGUGAAUUACCACCCUGAUAAGCUUCCGCGAAUGAAAGCAGUUGUCGAAUAUUAUGUCAAUGGGAAACAAGAUGCUCUCAAACCUUUCCCUGAUGGCUCAGAUUGGUAACCUUAUUUCCGUGUCUUAGUUGUUCAAAACAGCUUCACAGUACAUUUCAUUAGUGAUAAUGCAUAGGUGUAGGUAAAAAGAAGAUAUCAUUUUAUGAGCAAUUUGAAUUAUGCUUUUACCCUCAUUUUGAGACUGCAAGUUUUUCCCCUUUCCCUCUUUGUUUAUUUUCUCUGUGGUUUUUUGGUACUUGCUCUAAGCUGGUCUUAGUCUUACAUAUGAUUUCUUCUGUAACAUUUGUUGUAUGCUAAUAUAAAUUUAAAUAUUUUACUGUUUUUAUCUCAUCCAUA